GAAACGUUAAAAUUGAGGUUAUAAAAAACGAAUGGAAGAGCUCAUGUCUGUCGGUAACAAAUUCAUAAGAUUCACCACAAAUACUGCAUUGAACGUUUGGAAAGGUUUUAGUACCAUGGCGACGAAUCCAAAGAGCCCUCGGAUUUUGAAGAAAAUUGGCACUCACAGCGGUGUAUUCCAUUGCGAUGAAGCUUUAGCUUGCUUUAUGUUAAAACAGCUUCCCGAAUACGCCGAAGCUGAUAUCGUGAGAACUCGAGAUCAAACGGUUUUAGGAGAAUGCGAUAUCGUUGUAGAUGUUGGAGGUGAAUAUAACCCAAAGAAGCACAGAUACGAUCAUCACCAACGAGAUUUUAACGAAACAUUAAGUACAGUUCGGCCAGAUUUGGUAAAAAACAAGUCUAUCAAAUUAAGUUCUGCUGGGUUGGUGUAUGCACAUUUCGGCGUGGAAGUUCUAACUGAAAUUUUAAACAAACAAAAAAUACCGAUGACUAGCGAAUGCGUAUUUUCCAUAUACAAGUACAUUUACGAGACUUUCGUGGAAGAAUUAGAUGCCAUCGAUAACGGAGUGCCUAUUACAGACGGAAAGCCGAAUUAUAGAAUAAAUACUCAUUUGAGUGCGAGAGUGCACAGGUUGAAUCCGGAGUGGAAUUCUCCCAAUCCGGUGCCCAGCGAUGAAACAUUUUAUAAAGCCAUGGAACUGGUUGGAUCGGAGUUUGUCGAAAGGAUAAUUGAGUCUUCAACAAUUUGGUGGCCGGCUCGUGAAAUCGUCAAGAAAGCAAUAACUAAUCGAAAUAAAAUACAAAAUAAAGGAGAAAUAGUGCUCUUAGAAGAAAGGUGCCCUUGGAAAGAUCAUUUAUUGUCGCUGGAAGAAGAAUUGGGUAUCGCAGGAGAGAUUAAAUUCGUUUUGUUUCACGAUGCAGGAGAGUCUUGGAGAGUUCAAGCCAUACCCAUUCAACCGGACAGUUUCAUUUGCAGAGUUUUUUUACACAAAGAUUGGAGAGGUAUAAGAGACGAAGAGCUCAGCAGCGUGGCAGGUAUUAAGAAUUGUAUCUUUUGCCACGCGACUGGUUUUAUAGGUGGAAAUAAAACUAAAGAUGGCGCCUUGGAAAUGGCUUUAAAGAGUUUGUCUGCACAUAUUGGUGAUCAGGAGUAAAUGUUAAUAAAGUGUCUUU